GCGCGGCGCACCGGCCCACGCGCCUUCCGUGUGUCUUUUUCUUGUUCCUUCUAUUCCAGAUCUUCGUCCGGCGCGUUGUCGCUCGCUGUCAUUGUUGUUUUCAGUGCUUUUGUUUCUUUCUUUACGAUUACCAUUCCAGUCAUGGCUGCCAAUUUAACUGACGAGCCUUUUCCUUUUCACGGAUUACUUCCUAAGAAAGAGACCGGUGCAGCGGCUUUUUUAAACCGACACCCCGAAUACGAUGGUCGGGGAGUUCUCAUCGCAGUCCUCGACACCGGCGUAGAUCCAGGAGCACCGGGCCUACAGAUAACAAGUGAUGGGAAACCAAAGAUUAUAGACAUUAUUGACACAACAGGCAGCGGUGAUGUAGACACAUCGACAGUUGCGGUGCCGAAAGAUGGAACAUUAAUAGGCUUAUCGGGAAGGACAUUAAAGAUUCCUACAGCCUGGACAAAUCCCUCUGGAAAAUAUAACAUUGGUAUCAAGAAUGGCUAUGAUUUUUUUCCAAAAGCUCUGAAGGAAAGAAUACAGAAAGAACGGAAAGAAAAGUUAUGGGAUCCAUCACAUCGAGGUGCAAUUGCUGAAGCUUGCCGUAAAUAUGAAGAAUUUGACAGCACCCACACUAACUUAUCUCAGGACGAAAAAUUGGUAAAGGAGGAGCUGCAAUGUCAAACAGAGCUGCUUAAUUCACUAGAGAAGAAAUAUAGUGAUCCUGGGCCAGUUUUUGACUGUUUGGUGUGGCAUGAUGGUGAAACAUGGAGAGCUUGUAUCGAUACUUCAGAAUGUGGAGAUCUUAGCUGCUGUGUUCCACUCCAAAAUUUUAGAGUAGCCCAAGAUUAUGCAACAUUUGGCACUUCAGAAAUGUUGAAUUAUUCCGUAAACAUUUAUGAUGAAGGCAGUAUGCUGUGCAUUGUGACAAGUGGAGGAGCACAUGGAACACAUGUAGCCAGCAUUGCUGCUGGUAAUUUUCCGGAGGAGCCUGAGCGAAAUGGUGUAGCUCCUGGUGCACAGAUUCUGGCCAUUAAGAUAGGAGACACAAGGUUAAGUACAAUGGAGACUGGGACUGGCUUGAUCAGAGCGAUGAUAGAAGUUAUAAAAUACAAGUGUGAUCUUGUUAACUACAGCUAUGGAGAAGCUACUCAUUGGCCAAAUUCUGGGAGAAUAUGUGAAGUGAUUUCCGAAGCCGUGUUGAAACAUAACAUAAUCUACGUUUCCAGUGCUGGUAAUAACGGUCCUUGCCUUUCUACUGUAGGGUGUCCGGGAGGCACUACAUCUAGUGUUAUAGGUGUUGGUGCCUAUGUUACUCCUGACAUGAUGGUUGCAGAAUAUUCACUUCGAGAGAAACUUCCUGCUAACCAGUACACUUGGUCAUCAAGAGGACCGAGUAUUGAUGGAGCUUUAGGAGUAAGUAUCAGUGCUCCAGGUGGUGCUAUUGCUUCAGUUCCAAACUGGACGCUCCGUGGCACUCAACUCAUGAAUGGAACAUCAAUGUCCUCACCAAAUGCCUGUGGUGGCAUUGCUUUGAUUCUCUCAGGUUUGAAAUCUAAUGGUGUCCGACCCACUGCAUUUGCAGUGAGAAGAGCUUUGGAGAAUACAGCAAUGAAAGUAGAUGAUAUUGAAGUAUUUGCACAGGGGCAUGGAAUUAUUCAGGUUGACAAGGCCUAUGACUACCUCAUGCAGCAUGCAUCUUUAGCAAUUACCAAUCUGGGUUUUACAAUUACUGUUGGAAACCAACGUGGAAUCUACCUCAGGGAACCAGCACACCUUACUGCACCUUCUGAUCACGGAGUUGGAAUUGAACCUGUUUUUCCAGAAAAUUCAGAUAAUUCAGAAAGAAUAUCCCUCCAAUUACAUUUAGUGUUAACAUGCAAUGCUUCAUGGGUCCAGUGUCCUACACACAUGGAGCUGAUGAAUCAGUGUAGACAUAUGAACAUACGUGUGGACCCUCUAGGACUCAGGGAAGGGAUACAUUAUACUGAGGUAUGUGGUUAUGAUACUACAGCACCAAAUGCAGGUCCUUUGUUUAAAGUUCCUGUAACAGUUAUAAUACCUACAAAGGUAAAUGAAAUCACUGCUUACGACAUACCUUUCAAGGAUAUGUAUUUUAAGCCUGGACAAAUCAGACGUCACUUUAUUAAAGUUCCUCAGGGAGCUACAUGGGCAGAGGUUACCUUAACUUCCAACUCAAGUGAUGUGUCUUCAAAAUUUGUUCUUCAUGCAGUCCAUCUUGUUAAACAGAAAGCUUAUCGUGCUAAUGAAUUCUACAAGUUUUCUUCUCUUCUAGAAAAGGGUUCAGUUACAGAAGUGUUUCCUGUGCUUGAAGGAAGGACAGUUGAGUUUUGCAUUGCUCGAUGGUGGGCAAGUCUGGGUGAUGUUACAAUUGAUUAUGUAAUAAGUUUCCAUGGCUUGACCUGUUCUCCCUCACCUCUUCACAUUCAUGCUUCUGAAGGUGUUACUAGAUUUGAAGUAUUGUCUGCAUUAAAAUAUGAAGACAUUUCACCAAGUAUAAACCUUAAAAAUUGGGUGCAACCAUUAAGACCUGUGCUUGUAAAAAUUAAACCUUUAGGCUGCCGAGAUGUCUUUACAAACAAUCGUCAACUGUAUGAGAUUAUUCUGACAUAUAACUUUCAUCAGCCUAAAAUUGGAGAAGUAACUCCAAAUUGCCCUUUACUUUGUGAGUUGCUUUAUGAGUCAGAAUUUGACAGUCAAUUAUGGAUGCUUUUUGACCAAAAUAAAAGACUUCUUGGGACAGGAGAUGCGUACCCACAUCAGUAUUCACUUAAGUUGGAGAAAGGAGACUAUACUGUACGGCUUCAAGUCCGUCAUGAACACAUUACUGAGUUAGAACGGUUGAAGGAUUUGCCUUUUAAUAUUUCUCACAGACUUUCUAAUACUUUAACCUUAGACAUUUAUGAAACUCAUAAAAAUGCCCUAAUAGGCAAGAAAAAAGCCAAUACAUUAACUUUUCCGCCAAACUGCUCUCAUCCUUUCUUCGUAACAUCUUUACCAGAUGAUAAGUUUAGGAUUCCAAAAGGUGCAGGGCCUGGGUGCUACCUUGUUGGAACCCUUUCAGUAUCGAAGAGUGAACAUGGGAAAAAAGCAGGGCAGGCUUCUUCAAAACGGCAAGGAAAAUUUAAAAAGGAUGUAUUAUGUGUACACUAUCAUUUGAUACAAUCCCCUAAUAAGCCAAAAAAUGGUGGAAAGGAAAAAGAAAAAGAGGCAGAAAAAGAAAAGGAUGUUAAAGAAGAGUUUGCAGAAGCCAUCAGAGACCUGAAAAUACAGUGGAUGACAAAAUUAGAUGAUAGUGCUAUAUAUGAUGAGCUAAAGGAAACCUAUUUUAAUCACCUACCUUUGCAUGUAGCGAGACUUCAUCAGUUGGACAAUGAAAAGGACCGCAUGAAGAGACUCAGUGAAAUAAUCUGUGCUGCCGACUUUGUAACUUCUCAGAUUGAUAGGACAGAAUUAGCUGUAUACUUUGCCAUGAAGACUGAUCCUAGAGCGGAUGCUGCUAACAUAAAAAGUGAGAUGGAGAAGCAGAAGGCAUCUCUAAUUGAUGCCCUAUGCAGAAAAGGCUGUGCACUGGCAGACAAACUCCUUCAGUUACAUUUACAAGAUGGUGCAGUGUCUAGCGAAGUGGGAAGCUCAGAUGAUGAUCCCGACAGCUGUCUGAAGAGCCUGACGGAUACAUUCUGGGAAAUACAGAAAUGGUCUGAUCUAAUAGACUCCAAGGUGUUAACAUUUGCCUACAAGCAUGCCUUAGUUCUAAAAAUGUAUGGGCGCGCCCUUAAAUUUGCAAUGAAGAUUGUUGAAGAGAAGCCAAGUAAAGAGCACUGGAGAAAUUGUGCACAGCUGAUGAAGUCACUGGGAUGGAUGCACUGUGCAACUUUUACUGAAAACUGGAUUCCAGUAAUGUACCCUCCUGAUUAUACACUCUUCUAAAUAUUCAGACAUUUAAGUUAGUCUUUAUACCAUAUAAUGUCAAAGAUAAAUAUUUAUGGACAUUUCUAAUAAUUUGGAAAUUCUUUUAUAUUAUUUUGUAAAGCAUGACUUCAUCAAAGGGAAUGCCUUAAUCUGCAGCUAAGAGUAACUCACAUUGCAGUAACCAUUCUUAAUAGAUGACAUAGGUUUAUUUGCAUGUACCCUAAAUGUUAAUUUUAUGUACAACUUUUUUAAAUUAAGCUAAUAUUCAGGGUUUUACAGAUUAUACUUAACAAUUUUAAUUAAGUUGCCACAAGUUCAACUGAAAUGUAUAUCUCAACAGUUUCUAUACAUUAUUUUAUCGUUAUAAAUUACUGGUACAUAUGGUAUAUACUUUUGCUAAAUUUGCAAAAAAGAAGUAUUUAUGGAUUUAUUUUAUUUAUAAAAUCACUGUAUCUAUAUCUGGUAUUUUUUUAAAUACAGCAUAAAUUUAUUGAUAAGCAAGUAUUGUUUAAUAAAUUUUUUCUCACCACA